ACUAUAUAAACUUUUACUUUGAACGUAUCGACUCUCAUGUAAGAUAUAUCGAAUGCAAUCGAUAAUUAUCGAAGUACUACGGAGUAUGACGUAUCGCUAGUGUCGAGCAACUUUUGUUUGUAAAGUAGUGACAAUUAAUAUUUGUUUAUUUAUCGAUUAAUACAAAAUUCUUCUAUAAUGGAAACAAAUGUAGAAUUGCAAGAAAAGUCUUUAAAAGAUAAACAAGUAGAAUGGAAAAAACGUUUACGGGAGCUUCACACGAAAAGGAAUGAAGCAAGACAAGAGAAUCACAAAGAAGUCGUUGAAGAGGAUAAGAGAAAUAAACUUCCAGCAAAUUGGGAAUCAAGAAAAAGACAAGCCGAAUGGAUAAUACAAGAUGAAGCGGCUAGGAAAAUUGCAGAAGAAAAGGGAGAAGAUUAUGAAAGAAUUAAAUUACUUCACAUAGAUGCAACGGAAGCAGAGCGCAUAGCAAGAAAAAAGAAAAAUAAGAAAAAUCCGGAUCCAGGCUUUUCAGAUUAUGAACAAGCUGCUGUUCGUCAAUAUAAUAGAUUAGUUAAAAAUAUUAAACCAAAUAUGGAAUCAUAUGAAGAACUCAAAGAAAAACUUGGACCUGCAUUUUAUGGGGAUAAAAAUACAAUUUUGCAUGGCCUUCAUGAAGAUAAGAAAGAAGCAAUUGAUAAAAUGGUUGACAAUUUGGAAAAACAGAUUGCUAAACGAGAGAGGUAUAGUAGAAGAAGAAUGCAUAAUGACGAUGCGGAUAUUGAUUAUAUUAAUGAACGUAAUGCUAAAUUCAAUGAAAAAUUAGAAAGAUUUUAUGGCGAAUAUACUCGUGAGACCAAACUCAAUUUAGAACGUGGCACAGCUAUUUAACUUUUUUUUUUUAAUGUAUAUAACUAAUACUUUGUGUUAUUUAUCAAAAAAAAAAAAAAAUAAUUAUAGAUAAAAGAUAUAUUGUUUAAAUAUAUUAUAAA